AUGGCUGGCAAGGAAGAUGUCGAACAUGCCCGGCACUAUGAAACUCCCUACAGCGAACGACACCCGAUCCCGACCAUUGGAAAGUACAAGGAGGAGAAAGAGGAGAGGCAGCAGAAUGCCCUAGACAACAACAACAAUGCAGAUGCCAUCCAUGAAGAGCAGCCUUCCCAGGAAGAAAUCGGGGGCGAUCGAAGUCAGGAUGACGAACCGGAAGCUUCUCAGUCAGAGAGCGACAACCCUAUACAGGACACCUCGGAAGUCGACCCCGAAGCACUCAAUCCACAAAAAUUAAAGAAGAAAAAAUCAGAGAAAGAAAGGGCAGAGCGUGAGGUUACAGAUCCGGUAACUCAUCUGUCUGUAAAGAUACACGACUUCACAGACAGUGCUCUGAAAGAAUUGGACGUGAACGAGGAUCCGUUUGAACAGUCCAAGAAAACCUCGGGCUUCGAAGAAAAGGACAAGUCGGAGACCGAACUUCGCAAAGAGCAAGGCCAUUCGCAAGAGAAGCAUCAGGCGUUGAUGGACCAGUUCCCGCCGCCCGAUCUCGAUCUCCUGCGCCAGGAAGUCGGUCGCGCAAGCAGCCACGGAUUUGUGAUUUCACUGGCUGGUGCAUGCGGCAUCUUCGUGGUGACCUGCAUGAUUCGCGAGGUGAUGCUCAUAGACGCCCAUCAAGAUCAAGGAUGGAAGUCUGCCGCUAAAAGGACGUUACCGUGGCUUGCCCUGGUUGCUGCGGGCGCAGGCGCAUUCUGUGUCCUGAUACUCGGUGUAAGAGACUGGACAGCGAAGAAAGUCGACGACGCCAUCCAGGACGAGAUCUGGCGCUCGCAGCGUCGGCAGAUGGAGAAGCAGGCCAAUAAACACGAAAGAGAGACGACUCUGUGGCUCAACUCCUUGCUCAGCUCCGUGUGGCCGCUCAUCAACCCCGAUCUAUUCUCCAGUCUGGCAGAUAUGCUGGAGGAUGUCAUGCAGGCUUCUUUGCCGAAAAUGGUGCGCAUGGUCAGUGUCGAGGACAUAGGGCAAGGCAGCGAAUCGAUGCGUAUCCUUGGGAUUCGAUGGUUGCCUACUGGAGCAGCUGCACAGGCCGUAAGCGAGGACGGCAAGGUCAUGUCCGAUCAAGAACAAAAGAAACGCAGCAAUACGAGCCUUGGAGAGGAAGAUGAUGCGGAUAGCGAAAGCGAUCAAUCCGUUUCACGGGGCAUGGAGGCGGAGGAAGGCGACUUCAUCAACCUGGAGGUUGCCUUCGCCUACAGGACACGGUCUACCAGCAAGUCCUUCAAGGAGCGAAGCAAAGAUAUGCACCUCUACUUGGCCUUUUACCUUCCUGGAAAUAUCAAGGUUCCCGUUUGGGUUGAUUUGCAAGGCGCAGUUGGCACCGUGAGGCUGCGUCUUCAGCUGACCCCUGAUCCUCCCUUCUUCGACCUGUGUACCCUGACACUCCUCGGCCAACCAAAAAUCGACUUGAGCUGUGUUCCUCUGAAUAAGCAUGGACUGAACAUCAUGGACGUGCCUUUCAUCAGCAAUUUCGUGCAGUCAGCUGUCGAUGCGGCAAUGGCCCAAUAUGUCGCACCCAAGAGUCUCACAUUGAAUCUCAAGGAAUUGAUUGCUGGCGAUGAUUUCAAGAAGGACACGUACGCAAAGGGUGUUAUCAUGGUUCACAUCAAGCGUGGAUACGAAUUCAAGAUGGGAGAUUCUGGCAUGCCACUUGUCAAAGAUUCCGCAUCAGAUCCAUACGUGUCCGUUGGAUGGGCGAAGUUUGGCAAGGUCAUCUGGAGCACGCGCAUUCUACAGGCCGAAAUGGAACCGUAUUGGAACGAGACGUGCUUUGUGUUGGUCACCCCCGAAGAACUCAACAUUGACGAACGACUGCGCAUUCAGCUUUGGGACUCUGACCGGUUCACGGCGGAUGACGACCUUGGGCGGAUUGAGGUGGAUCUCAAAGAGCUGAUGCAAAGGGAUGAGGCCAACGGGCGCAUGUGGCAUCGUACAGAUGGCUUCCGAGCACUCAAAUCUGGCGAGGAUAUGCCCGGGAAGCUCGAAUGGAGCGUUGGCUAUUUCUCAAAAGCAAGGAUCCAAAAAUGCCAAUUCGAGCAGCAGACUCAUGACCCGGAGAUUCGAUCAAUGGAGCAGCUCGAAGAAAAGGUCAGCAAGAGCUGCGACCGGAAGCUCCGAGAAGCCAUGCUGAAAGAGUCAUCGACGGAUCACGAUAAUGGAGAGCUGGAGCAGAUGAAGACGCAGGAGAUGAAGUCGGAACAAGACGCAAUGAUCAUUUCGGCACCGCCGCCAGACGACUAUCCAAGCGGCAUCUUUAGCUUGCAAAUUCACAACAUCACCGGGCUCGAAGUUCAGAAGUUGAGUAAGGAUCCGAACGACAAGGAUGGAAAUGCGAGCGACGAAGAGGCUGGGGAGGGUCUCCCGAGCGCAUAUUGCACUGUCAUCAUCAAUCAUAAGAAGACCUACAGAACGCGAACCAAGCCCCAAAACACAAAGCCCUUCUUCAAUGCAAGCUGCGAGCGCUUCAUUCGAGACUGGAAGUCCUGCGAAGUCUACGUCGCUGUGAGAGAUGCUAGGCUGCACGAGGAUGACCCGUUACUGGGCAUCGUCCAUCUACCUCUACGCGAGGUGUUCAAGAAUCGCUCGCAGAGGAACGGAUUCUGGCCCAUUUCUGGAGGCAUCGGCUAUGGAAAGAUUCGACUGUCCAUGGUCUGGCGCAGCGUCCAGCUUCAGGCUCCACGCAGUCUCCUCGGCUGGCAGUAUGGCACCGUCAACGUGCAGCCCGUCGUAACGAGUUCAGACUGCCCAGAAGAUCUGCGACAUGCGAAACUGAAGCUGAAAACCGACAUCAGCUCCGCCAAGAUGUACUCUCGAGGAUCCGAUGAGGCGACGUGGGCUGCGAGCAAAGAGCGGCCUAUCAAUCUUGCCGUGCAGACCAGGUACGCCAGCUGCUUGUCUAUUGCUUUCAAGGACAAGAAACUUUUGGGCAAGGAAAUUGUGGCUUUUAGCGUCUGCUGGCUGAAAGACAUUCCGGACGGAGAAGAAACGGCACUGGAGCUGCCAAUCUGGAAAGGCGAUUUCAACAGAGCUACAUCGUGCUGCUUGGACCAAUGUGGCGAAAGGAUCGGGACUCUCAAGCUCAAGGUCACAUUCUAUCCAGGCAUGGGCGCUGCGCAUUCAAAAUGGGCCAACAGUAGCGAGCAGCUCCGAGAGGUGGUCGAAGUCAUCGAUGCUGCAAGAGACAAUCUCAGGGACGAUGAGAUGGAAAAGGCCGCGGGGAUUGUGGACGAGGAAAUUUCGAGUGACAGCGAUAGCUCCGAUGAGGACGAAUAUGUCCCAGAUGGCAGUCCCGGGCAUAAGCAGGGUCCCAUUGACCAAGUACGAGACUACAAGCGGAGAGACAAAUCCCUGCACAGACAGCAUCGAGGCCUUAUGCAGUGGAAGGUAAGAGACUUUACAUAUAGGCUACGAGGAACAGAAAGCUAA